UGAAGAGAAAGAAAGAGAGGGAGAUAACAAAUCUUUGGUUUGUAUUAGCUGCAAAGUUUGAUAAAGACAAGUAAACACUCCAAAUGCAUACAAAUUAGAUAAAUAUCAGAUAAGCACAAGAAACAAUAGAGAAAAGUCGUUAUGAUGCAAAUCCAACAAGAACAAGCAUAGUAUAAAAAGCAAGGAUUAAAGUAUUGAUCAAACAGCAUUUCUACAGCGUAGCAUCAAUGAAGGUGGCAUUUCUAAUAUCAAUUCUUCUUAGCCUUGUGGCUUUCGUACGAUGUUAUGCAGGGACAGGAUUUGACCCUCUUGAGAAAAUUUUGGAGGCUCAACGGUCAAGAAAAUUCUCGGCCAAUUAUGUCACCGAGGCUGUGGAGACAGAAUAUUUGCCUGUUUAUGUAGGCCCUCAAGGUGGUUUGAAAGAAGUUGACAAGAUCACAACAUUGUCGGGGCAGCCUAAUGGAGUGAAUCUUGAUCAGUACUCUGGCUAUGUCACUGUUGAUCCUAAGGCCGGUAGAGCACUGUUCUAUUACUUUGUCGAGUCCCAAAACUCUUCUAGUAAGCCACUUGUGCUGUGGCUAAAUGGAGGACCUGGCUGCUCCUCUUUCGGAAAUGGAGCAAUGAUGGAACUUGGACCAUUUCGAGUCAAUAGUGAUGGCAAAACUCUAUCAGAAAACAAAUAUGCUUGGAACAAUGCUGCAAAUAUCCUAUUCUUGGAAUCUCCAGCAGGUGUUGGAUUUUCUUAUUCAAACACAACAUCAGACUACGAUUUAAGUGGAGAUAAAAAAACUGCAGCAGAUUCUUAUACCUUUCUAGUUAACUGGUUGGAAAGAUUUCCAGAAUACAAAACCCGAGAUUUCUUCAUAACCGGAGAGAGCUAUGCCGGGCAUUAUGUUCCUCAGCUUGCUCAACUAAUCCUUCAAAACAACAAGAUCACAAACCAGACCGUCAUUAACUUAAAAGGAAUAGCUAUAGGCAAUGCAUAUGUAGACUAUGAAACAGAAUACACAGGAAUGUACGAUUAUUUCUGGACACACGCUCUCAUUUCCGAUGAAAUUCAUGAAGGGAUUGUUUUAAAUUGCAAUUUUUCUUCGGAAACUGAUUCAGAUGCAUGUAUAAGCUAUACUGAUCAAGCCAUGCAAGCUCGAGAAAAUAUAUUCUUUUAUGACAUCUAUGCACCCUUGUGUUCUUCAUCUUCAAACUCUCCAUCGCUAUCAGCAUUUGAUCCAUGCUCAGAUACUUAUAUCCACUCUUACCUGAACACUCCUGAGGUGCAAAGAUCACUUCAUGCAAAUGUCACAGGUCUUCCGGGCACAUGGGAAUCCUGCAACAACUAUAUAGGUGGUAGUUGGAACGACGCGCCAUUUACAGUUUUACCCACCAUUCAGGAGCUGAUGGGCAGUGGUAUUAGUGUUUGGAUUUAUAGUGGAGACACGGAUGCUAGAGUGCCAGUGACAACAAGUAGGUAUGACAUAAACAAGCUCAAAACAUCAGUUGAGACUCCAUGGUAUCCCUGGUACACCCAAGGCGAGGUUGGUGGGUACGCGGUUGGAUACAAAAACCUAACAUUUGUGACCAUAAGAGGAGCUGGACACUUUGUUCCGAGUUACCAACCAGUUCGAGCACUGGCCUUCUUUUCAUCCUUCUUGGAUGGAAAGCUUCCACCAUCUAAUCAGAACGUGGCUGGAUACCAAGUAGUUUAUGAUGGGUUAACUUUUGCAACAGUUGGAGGUGCUGGUCAUGAAGUCCCACGAUUUCAGCCUCGUGGAGAGUCUUGGAUUAAUGCAUUGAUCAAACAGCAUUUGUAUAUCACAGCACCGAUGAAGGUUAUAUUCCUAUUAUCGCUUCUUCUUAGCCUUGUGGCUUUUGUACAAUGUUAUGCAGGGACAGGUUUUGACCCUCUUGAAACAAUUUUGGAGGCUCAACGGUCAAGAAAUUUCUCAUCCAAUUAUGUUGUCACCGAGGGUACAGAGACAGUAUAUUCGCCUGUUUAUGUAGGCCCUCAAGAUGGUUUGAAAGAAGUUGACAAGAUCACAACAUUGCCGGGGCAGCCUAAUGGAGUGAAUCUUGAUCAGUACUCUGGCUAUGUCACGGUUGAUCCUAAUGCCGGUAGAGCACUCUUCUACUACUUCGUCGAGUCCCAAAACUCUUCUACCAAGCCUCUCGUGCUGUGGCUAAAUGGAGGACCUGGCUGCUCCUCUUUCGGAAAUGGAGCAAUGAUGGAACUUGGACCAUUUAGAGUCAAUAGUGAUGGCAAAACUCUAUCAGUAAACAAAUAUGCUUGGAACAAUGCUGCAAAUAUCCUAUUCUUGGAAUCUCCAGCCGGUGUUGGAUUUUCUUACUCCAACACAUCAUCAGACUACGAUUUAAGUGGAGAUAUACGAACUGCAGCAGAUUCUUAUACCUUUUUAGUCAACUGGUUGGAAAGGUUUCCGGAAUACAAAACCCGAGAUUUCUUCAUAACCGGAGAGAGCUAUGCAGGGCAUUACGUGCCUCAGCUUGCUCAACUAAUCCUUCAAAAUAACAAGAUUACAAACCAGACUGUCAUUAACUUAAAAGGAAUUGCUAUCGGCAAUGCAUAUAUAGACCACGAAACACAAAACACAGGAAUGUAUGAUUAUUUCUGGACACACGCCCUCAUUUCCGAUGAAAUUCAUGAAGGGAUUGUUCUAAAUUGCAAUUUUUCCAAUGAUGCAAAUAUCUCAGAUGCAUGCAUAGACUAUCUUCGUCAAGCUUAUCAAGCACUAGGGAACAUCUUCUUAUAUGACAUCUAUGCACCCUUAUGUUCUUCGUCUUCAAAGGCUCCAUCGAUAUCAGCAUUUGAUCCAUGCUCAGAUACUUAUAUCUACUCUUACCUGAACACUCCUGAGGUGCAAAGAUCACUUCAUGCAAAUGUCACAGGUCUUCCAGGCCCAUGGGAUUCUUGCAACCGAAGUAUAGGUCUUAGUUGGAACGACAAGCCAUUAACAGUUUUACCCACCAUUCAGGAGCUGAUGGGCAGUGGUAUUAGUGUUUGGAUCUAUAGCGGAGACACAGAUGGUAGAGUGCCGGUGACAACAAGUAGGUAUGGCAUAAACAAGCUCGAAACAUCAGUUGAAACUCCAUGGUACCCCUGGUCCAACCAAGGCGAGGUUGGUGGGUACGCGGUUGGAUACAAAAACCUAACAUUCGUGACCAUAAGAGGAGCUGGACACUUUGUUCCGAGUUACCAACCAGCUCGAGCACUGGCAUUCUUUUCAUCCUUCUUAGAUGGAAAGCUUCCACCAUCUGAUCAGAACUGGAUUAUUAGCUGAGAUUAAAUUACUUUGAUUGGUUUGGAGUGGUCUCUGAUUACAAAUAAUGUCUUAAUUGAUUGAUUGGUAACUGUAAGACAUACAUAUAUGUUUAAACCUCAAUGAGCAUUGUUGAUCCUAUCGGAUACAAUUAUUCAAGAA